UGAUACAGUGCCCAUAAGGGGGCGCCCUGUGACUGUGGUUGGGCGUCGCCGAGCGGUGCCCGUUCUCGUCAGGCCCGCCGUGAUGUCCGGAGCCGCUCGCUAUAGGGCUCUUUGCAGGGCGGAGUUGAGGCUGGAGUAUCUGCAUGCAAACUCCACAACACAUGACUUUUUCUUCGGAGCCGUUGCUGAACUGAUUGACAAUUCCCGAGAUGCUGAUGCUACUAGACUUGACAUAUUCACUGUAAAUAACGAGAGCCUGCAAGGAGGAUUUAUGUUGUGCUUUUUGGAUGAUGGAUGUGGCAUGACUCCUCGAGAAGCUACAGAUCUUGUGUACUUUGGAAGAUCUUCUAAGUGGACCAAGCCUAAGAUGAUUGGACGCUACGGCAAUGGGCUUAAAUCAGGGUCCAUGCGUAUAGGGAAAGACUUCAUAUUAUUCACCAAGAAAGAGAAUACAAUGACGUGCCUUCUUUUCUCUCAGACAUUCUGUGAAACAGAAGGUCUCAAUGAGGUUAUAGUCCCAAUCCCUUCAUGGUCAAAUCACACAAGAAAUCCCAUAAUAGAUGAUCCAGAGACUUUUGGCACACAGUUGUCCAUAAUUUGCAAAUAUUCACCUUUUACGAAUGAAGCUGAACUGAUGAAGCAGUUUGAUGCCAUUUAUGGAAAAACAGGAACCCUGCUGAUAAUAUACAAUCUAAAACUCACACUCAGCGGUGAACCAGAACUUGACAUCCUAACAGAUGAGGCGGAUAUGUUGAUUGCUGUAACACCUGAGAACCUUCCAGAGCAACGAUCGCUGAGAGCCUAUACAGCUAUAUUGUACUCUGAACCACAAAUGAGGAUUUUCAUUCAAGCCAAGAAAGUAGAAACCAAACGUUUGCCUUAUUGCUUUUACAGACCCAGAAUGUAUCCGUAUAUAUCAUCUUCAUUCAAACAAGUUGCUACAAAUGAAUUACAAAAGGCAGAAGUGGACAUGAAGGCUGCUGAAGAUGCUGUGAAAGAAGCAAAGUGCACACUAAAACAUUUGCAGGACUCCCUCUUGCAGGAAAACUGUGAGUUUGCUCAGCUUGCUUUGCGGGAUGCUCUGGAGAACGAAAAGAAAAUGAGAGAAAAACUUCAAGACAAGCAAAGAAAUCUGAGAAAACCCAAAAAGCUCUUCUUAAUAUUUGGCAUUAACAUUGAAAACCGAAGUCAAGAUGGCAUGCUUGUCUACAGCAACAACCGCUUGAUCCGAAUGUUUGAGAAAGUAGGACCACAGAAGAAUAUAGGAUCUUAUUUUGGUGCUGGAGCUAUAGGGGUCGUGGAUGUGUCUUUAGAAAUAAUGGAGCCGACACACAACAAGCAGGCCUUUGCAAAUGUUAAGGAAUAUAACCACUUGUUGAAAUCUAUGGGAAACUGUCUUGUUCAGUAUUGGAAAGACAUAGGGAUAAGUCAAAAAGGAGAAACCUUGUUCUGGAAUGACUUUGGAUAUCCGAAUAACAAGUGGUAUGAAAAACCUUCAGAAGCAAUUCAAUACAAGAGAAGGCGAGCAGUGGAAAUCCCUGUCAUUGUUCAGUGUGAUAUUUGCCUCAAAUGGAGACUCCUGUCAUUUGACACUGAUAUAAAUCAUGGAGGGCAUUAUGGUAUCUGGAAUUGUGCAAAGAGUCCUAACCCUCUAGAAAAUCAGUGUAAUGUACCAGAACAUUUGCCUUCCAUCCCUUUGGGCACCAAACCCAACCCAACUCAGUCACUGAAUGAUAAACAAAAACUACUCAUAGAUUCCAUUCAACAACGUAAAAGGAAGCUGGAAGAUCUACAGUCUCAGAAAUGUCAUUUGAUACAGCCACAUACAGUUGUCCAGCCUACAGUUGACAGCAAAAUUUCUGCUAAGGAUAAGACAGUGCGCCAGAAGAAAACUAUUUCUAAAGAUCCAUAUCCAGCCUGCAGACGUUUGAUUAAGAGUAGUACAAAUAAAGGAAACGUAUGGCACUUAAGCCAUCAAAAGCAGCUACCUGCAAAGCAAGCUAUUCACUCUCAAAGGAGACAGCAUCCUUGUCAGGAAGAAAAAUAUUUCCUUUCAGUGCUGAAAGAUAGGAAGGAUCACAACAUAUCAAAGGUGUUACCUCUUGAAAUACAAGAUGAACAGUCAAAUAAUGAAGAGCUUGAGUUCAUCAAAAUUGAAGCAGAUAGUGAGCCAGAAGUCAUUUGUGUUAUAGUAUCUGACAGUGAGACUGAAGAUUUGUCAAAGCAUGAAGACUUUUUCAUGCACAAAGAAAAACAGGAACAGUGUGAUGAAAAGGAGGACAAUCUCCUAAAGAGUUGUGUUAAUUUUGAGAAAAAGGAUUUGCCACCAGCGGACUUGGAAAGUGGCUCCGCAGAGGCUUCAAAAGAAGACAGCAAAGAGCAAGUUCUUGUGCAGGAGUCUAAUGAUGCAGUUCCACGCACGUGUGAGAAUCCCCAGAGCAUUCCUGUCAGCAAAAUGAUAGAAACAUUAACAGCUCGCAUCAAAGAGAUCCUGCUAUAUUUUUUACCUGAAUGUGAUAUCUCAAGAGAACAUCUUAUGUCGUUGUCCCCUGAAGAUAUUUUAUUUAUGUUCAAGCUGAAAGAGGAUUCUGAGCAGCGUGAGACUAUUCCUCUGGAUAUGAAUCAGUAUUUUUUGCAAUACGAAGGACAACUUUCCGAAAAGAUCCAGUCUAUAAAACAGCAUGGCCUUCAAGCCAUACUUGCCACUGAAAGAGAGAUUAGUCAAUGUGAAGUGCAAAUAACAGGGGCAGAAGAAAGCCUUGAGCAUCUUCGGAAGAAAAUGGCACAACUGCUAUUGAAAAUCCAUCCUCAUCUUCUUAUAAAUAAUCCAGAAGACAUUGACAGCUUCCUAGAAGAGAGUUUGAAUUAAGAUAAUCUUAAGUACAUUGGUUCCUAUGAAUACUAACAACACACAGUUAAGCAUACCUGCUUUGCUGGAUGAAGAAACUGGAAAGAUUUUUAACACUUUAUAAUGUAUAAAUAAAAAUAUGUCAUAGAUUGUGAACAAUCCACAUAGGACACAGUCCUCCCUGAAGUCUUCCUGCAGAAGUCUUACAUGCUACAGUGAACUUGCAGAGGAAAGGAUAUGCCUGGAGCCCUUCUAAAUACAUUUUGUUAUUUGUCAACCAUAUAUUAUGCUGGAAGCAAUCCCACCUGCACUGCUGCUGUGCCAUUGAAAUGUGUGGGCACCGUUCAGCCAAAAUUCUUACUCAGAAGGUUACUGUGACCUUGUGAAUAUUCUGUUGUGGAAAAACUGAAACAUUUAAAAAAGAAAAAUUGAAACAUUUAAGUUUAUGCUUUAAAAGUAAUUUCUGUUUGUUUGGAAACAAUAACCUCAUACUAUGUUAACUUGUAAAGAUAUAAAUCCCCUAGGGAGAUUAAAGCUUUUCAUUUUAAUAUCUUGCUUAUACAAAUGAUCUUGCAUAAU